AUGAAGUUUUUGGGGGAUGAGAUCUCCCAACGUACUCUUGCAGCGACACUACGGAUUGAGAAUAGUUUUAACUCAAGAGCUUUUGUGAAUACAAUGUUAGGAGCGUCGAAACUUAAGAACCUGGUGGAAUCGCAGGAACUAAGCAAAAACCUGUUCAUAUUCCGGUUUGCUACCAAAAGGGAUAUGGGGAGUGUUCUUAGUAAUGGACCAAGGAGUUUCGAUAAAAAUCUUCUGGUUCUUGUUCGUGUGUCGGGAGAGGAGCAACCAUCUGCACUGAAUAUGCACUUCGGGGUUUUCUGGGUCAGGAUAUAUGAGGUUCCGCUAAUUCUAAGAUCUGAAGUUAUGGCAAGGAAACUCGAUGGUAUCCUGGGGACGUUUGAAGAACUGGAUCAGCGUGAGGCCCACAGAAACAGAAGGUUCUUGCGAAUCAAAGUUACUAUGAACCAUAAGGAACCCCUUAAAAGGGGCACGAUGGUUAGAUUUAAGGAUAAAAACCUGAGAGUUCACUUCAAGUAUGAAAGGCUUCCCACCUUAUGUUUCAUGUGUGGAAGGAUUGGCCACCAGAUGAAAGAUUGUGAAGCUGUUGGUGACUUGAGUGAGGAGGGUUUUGAAGAAUUGGAUGAACAAGACCUUUCUUUUGGAACUUGGCUUCGGGCAUCACCAUUUCCUAGAGUCCAUGAGGAACAGAUCAAGAAAGAAUCCCAUUCAAGUUUGUGUAGAAAAAGUCUUUUCCAUAUCUCUUCUAGCCAUAGUCAGUGUGGGUCAAAAGAGAAGGGAAACGAGUUGGAGGAAGCUGAAGUUGAACAAGGGAAGAAAAAGAAGGAAGGGGGCUCCAAUGGAAAUUCAAAAGGAUAA